AUGAUAAAAAAUAAAAAAAUUGAAAUUAAAUUAAAUUAAGAAAUCUAAAUUUUGUUUAUACUCAAAUAGUUUAUUGAACAAUAAAGGUUCAAUAAAAUUGAUAAUUUUACAUUCCUAUAAAUGAAGAUUUGAAUGAAAAAAUGAUAAAAAAUUAUAUUUAAAGGUUGGAUUAUGACUUUAAUUUUGACUAGUAUUUUUAUAGUUUAGAU